AGACUCGUUUUCAGACAUGCUGACAAUUCCAGACUCUUAUCUUGACUACUUCCUGCUCCGUCAAACCCUGACACAUUGUUUUUACAGGGAUCCAUGUUCUAUAAACACCAUAGCUAAACGUUUGAAGGUGGGUGUGGCUCCAAUGCAAUUGCUUGGACCAAAGUUCAUCAUUCCAGAUGCGAUAUCAAAGACUCUCCCCAGUUCGUUGUUUCAGAGCCGAAAUGGCACAGCGAGGUCUUCUCCUGGACCAAGAGAACUUAUCUUGUUCUAUAUGUCUGGAUGUUCUGAAGGAACCAGUGACUGUUCCCUGUGGACACAGCUACUGCAUGGACUGUAUCAAGACCCACUGGGAUGAAGACGAUCAGAGGGGAAACCACAGCUGUCCUCAGUGCAGGAAGACCUUCUUUCUCAGGCCGGUUCUGGAGAAAAACAUCAUGUUAGCAGAGUUAGUGGAGGAGCUGAAGAAGACUGAACUCAGAUCUGAUCUCUGCUACGCUGGACCUGAAGACGUGUCCUGUGACGUCUGCUCUGGGAGGAAGAUGAAAGCCGUCAAGUCCUGUCUGGACUGUCUGGCUUCUUACUGUGAGGAACAUCUCCAACCUCACUCUGUUGCUCCAGCUUUACAGAAACACAAGCUGGUCGACCCGUCCAGGAAUCUACAGCAGAACAUCUGCUCUCUGCAUGAUGAGGUGAUGAAGAUCUACUGUCGUACUGAUCAGCAGAACAUCUGUUAUCUCUGUCUGAUGGACGAACACAAAGGUCAUGAGACGGUUUCAGCAGCAACAGAAAGAAUGGAGAAGCAGAAGAAGCUCCAAGAGACUCGACAACAAAUCCAGCAGAAGAUCCAGGACUGUGAACAAGCUGUGAAGAAGCUUCAGCAGGAGGUGGAGGACAUCAACACUGCUGCUGACAAAUCAGUGGAGGACAGUGAGGAGAUCUUCUCUGAGAUGAUCCGUCUCCUCCAGAACAGAAGCUCUGAGGUGAAGCAGCAGAUCAGAUCCCAGCAGGACGAUGAAGUGAAUCGAGUCCUGGAUCUUCAGGAGAAGCUGGAGCAGGAGAUCAGAGAUCUGAAGAGCAAAGACAGAGAGAUGGAGCAGCUCUCUCACACAGAGGACCACAGCCAGUGCCUGCACAGAUACCCCUCACUGUCUGCACUCAGUGAGUCCACACACUCAUCCAGCUUCCACCUUAGUCCUCUGAGGUACUUUGAGGAGGUGACAGCAGCUGUGGCAGACACCAGAGACAAACUACAGGAGCUCCUGAGGGACAGCUGGACAAACAUCACCCUGACUGUGGAUGUGUUACCACCAAAACCAGAACCAAAGACCAGGGAGGACUUUUUGAAAUAUUCAAGAGACGUCACACUGGAUCCAAACACAGCAAACGUGCAUCUGUCAUUAUCUGAAGGGAACCGAAAAGCAGAAGUGAUGAAACAAAAACUUUAUUAUUCCAGACAUCCAGACAGAUUUACUGUUUGUCCUCAAGUUCUGAGCAGAGAACGUCUGACUGGACGCUGUUACUGGGAGGUGGAGUGGGGAGGACAAGCACUUUAUGUAACAGUCGCUUACAAAGACACACCCAGAUCAGGUGACUGCUUAUUUGGAUGGAACGACAGAUCCUGGGCACUGUACUACGGGAUCAACGUUUACCAAUUCUGCUGCAACAAAGUGCUUACUCCCCUCUCGGGUCCCAGUUCCACCAGGGUUGGGGUGUACCUGGACCACGGAGCAGGUGUUCUGGCCUUCUACAGCGUCUCUGAAACCAUGACUCUUCUACACAGAGUCCAGACCACCUUCACUCAGCCGCUCCACGCCGGAUUCAGGUUUUUCUCUGCUGGAGAUUCUGCUGAAUUGAUCAAACUGAAAUAGACUGAGGUUCUUAGUUUUAUUGAGAACUCACUAUUGCCGUCCAUGUGUUGAUGUCUUGUUGGUGCUUGAGUUUGUUUGUUGGGAACUAUUUUAGAAUGGGUGGUUGAGAACAAGUUAAAUGGGAAUGGUUUGAAAACCAAGUCUAAUUGUUGUUGGGCUAAAAGCAUUCUGUCAGAAAAGACAAAAAGUUAAAUAUUUUGUUACUUAAUUUGGCAAAGACAUUUGACCGUAGAAUGUACAAUUGUGCUGUUGUUUGGUUAAGUGCAGCCAAAAACAACCUUAUCAAACUUCAGGUGGUACAGAAAGGGCAGCUAGACUGGUACUGGCUGGUCCUUUUAGACAAUUAUCAACUGGAUGCAUCAAAGUCUGUCAUUGAUGAAAGUCUAUGACAGACGUGUGUUUAGUUUAGUUCUGUCUGUACACAAAAUCUGGACAAUGUCCAGACCUUUGAGCUUGCUUUAAAAUGUAAUGCCCACUUGUAGAAGACAUGAUUUUAACACAAGAAGAGGCUCAAAUGUUAGUUUUACCCUUACUUUGUCUCAGAAAUGGCAAUAAAUGGUUACAGCAA